AACUUGGAUUUUAUGCGUCAGUGGAAACCAAUAUUGUUCAGAUUAGACUUUAUGAUCUGUGCGUGAUGGGUGAUUGCUUUGUGAUUGUGAACGUGUAGUUUUGAAUCUUAUCCUAAUACUAGUUAUCUGGACCUAUUUUUAUUGUAACCGUGUUUACAACCUGGCUAUCGCGUCCAAGCAUCCCGGACUCAAUUGGCCGAUAGCAGCGAUAGCAGGAGAUGGCUUAACGUUAUCAAUCUGCUGAUAACAGGUGUUAGUAGUGCGUGUGCUUCGAGCAAGAACGAUACUACCAUGACGCCUCCACAUACUUAAAACAUGGAAACAGACUUGAUAAUAAUAGUGAGCGUGCUGGGGAGCGUGGCAGCUCUGCUGCUGCUGCUGGUGGUCAUCCUCUUCGUGCAGGUCAGCCGCCUGCGCCGGGUCGUCAAAGAAAUGCAGGCCACUGGACGAAUCCGAGUGCAAAAGCUAAAAAUGAACAACGACCGCAACCACGCGUUCCACAACCCUGCGCUCUCCCCUGACGAGGAGCUGGCCAAGCGAGGCUUCUCCAUGUACUCGCCAGAGGACCGCGACCAGGAUGUCGAGGCCGGGCGAGACCGCGAAAGGGAACGUCAGACAGGUGGGCAGCUGGUAGACGCACUGGCGCGCGAGAUCGAGCUGCGCCAGCAGCGGCAGUCAGCGCCGCCCUUCCUGCUGCAGAGCAUCGAGGACAAUAAGCGCCGCAGCCGCGCGCUGGGCAACCCUGUAGCCAACGGUCGCCAGAGCGAGACCAACCCUAACUUCAUCUACUAGACUUGGAAACGAUACAGCCCCUUGACAAGUUGCAAAAUGUGACAGUUUUUAUGUCGAAAGAUGGUCGAAAAACUUUUUUGUAAGGAAUUAAUUUUCAACGGAUUCAAUUUUCGAUUCGAUCAAAGGCCACUUGUCUGGACCUACAGUUGUAGGCAGUGGACAAUGUGCCCUAAAGCACGAUAUGUCUGGUAUAUGUGAGGCUUGUUUUAUUUGUUUGAAUUCCACUUUGCAUACCAAAUCCUAAACAAUUUCCCAAGUGUUGAUGCGAUUUGGGAUACCUGCGAUUUUCGUGAAAAAUACGUCUCCUUGGACCACGAU